GGAUACCCUUGAUCUAUAUAUACACAUGACCAAGUUCAUCAUGAGCAACUCAAGUCUUCACCUUCUCAAGCACCAAAGCUUUCUCUGCUUUCCAAAUCCAAGUCCUUUGAAUUCCCUCUCUUCUUUUGUCCUUUGAGAAUAUAUAAGAUCAUGGGUUUCCGGUUGCCUGCAAUUGUUAACGCAAAGAGAAGUCUCAUUCGAUCUCUAUCUAGUUCAAGCCAGACAGCAGAUUCAAAGACUUUAGAUUUCCCAAAAGGCUACUUUGCAGUCUAUGUUGGGGAGAGCCAGAAGAAGCGGUUUGUGAUUCCGAUAUCAUAUUUGAAUGAGCCUUUAUUCCUGGAUUUGCUGAGUCAAGCUGAAGAAGAAUUCGGAUAUGAUCAUCCCAUGGGAGGUAUCACAAUCCCCUGCAGUGAAAACACCUUCCUUGAUCUCACUUCCCGCUUAAGUGUGUGAGUGUACACGAAUCGGUCAUCCAAUCUAUCCAAACCAUCCUCAUUUCAGAGCUCACUGAGCCAAGAUGAAAGAAUUUGGAUAUGAUCAUAUCCAAAGCAUCCACAUUUCAGAACUCGCUGAGUUGGGAUGAAGAAGAGGCUACCACUGCUCAUCCAUGGAAUCAACUCACAUCUUAUGGUGAAAGCAAACCUUCUCAAAUGCUGAAGCUGCUUCUAGGCUGAGCUUUUAUGAAGCAGACAAGUGAUGAUAUUAUGAACUCCCUAGAACCAUUGGUCCAAAUAUCAUCCCCCACCCAAAGGCAGUCAAAUUCUGUCUUUUGAACCUAUGUAAACUUCUUUGUUGUUCUCCAGGAGCAAUAUACAAUCUAUUUGAAAUCCUCAUCCUUUCUUGUCUUAUGGUUUGCAUUAUAGUAUUAUCUUCUUGUAGCCCUUGUUAUAUAGUUAAUCCCACAAGUGGUAGCAGAUUUGC